AUGACCGCCGGCGGUUUUGUUCCCGGUUGCGUCCUCGCCGUCGCUCGCCGGUCCGCUGAAGCCCCACUCAAGCCCCGACCAUUCUCCUCGUCUUUCUUGGACAUGACCGUAUGCAAAACCGCCUUACCCUCAUCCGCCGGUCACCAGGAUCCGUUACAAUGCACGACGACGGCCACAGGUGUGCGCAGCUCUCAGUUGCGUUUCGUCCAUGCAACGCGGACCCCGCCCUUUGAGGAGGGUGACACCGCCUCUGAUCCGAUGUUAAUGGACAAAAUCGCCGGCAUUGCGCUCCAUCACACAGGCACUGAACGACCGAUCAGGUGUCGGGUCGGCUUCGAUCACGGAUUGUUCCUUUCAUCGAAAACAACCAGCUGA